UUGUUCUCCGAACUGGGCGCAUUCCGCUCCCUCUGCGUCGCUAUGGCAACUCCUAACAACAACACGGCUGGACCCAGCUGCGUUGAGAAACCCGAACUACAAUUAGUUCCUCCUUUGUUGGCGGCGGAGACCUCACGUUUGAGGAAAGUCUCUUCGAAAUUAGGCGUCUGUCUUUGUUGUCAUCGGCACCAACAAUGAGUCAGCGGCAGAUCGUUCAAGUUUUUGAGCAGUACCAGAAAUCCAGGCAGCACUUUGUGCAAACUGUUGCUGAUUUGGCGACCAGACCACAAAAUACAGAAAUCCUCCACAAUGCAGGGGUGAUGCCCAUGCUCCGUUCCCUGAUGCUGGACGCAGUCCCGAGCAUCCAGCAGAUGGCAGCUGUGGCUGUGGGCCGUCUGGCAGACCACAGCCACAGCCUGGCUGAGGCGGUGGUGAAAGAGGACAUCCUGCCCCAGCUGGUCCGAUCUCUGGCCACGCAGAACAGGUUUUAUAAGAAGGCGGCCGCGUUUGUUCUGCGCGCGGUGGCCAAACACUCCCCUGAGCUGUCCGGGGUCGUGGUGGACUGCGGGGGGGUCGACGCUCUGGUCCUCUGCCUGGAGGAGUUUGACCCCGAGGUGAAGGAGGCCGCCGCCUGGGCUCUGGGCUGCAUCGCGCGACACAAUGCAUCUCUGUCCCAUUCGGUGCUGGAAGCAGGGGCGGCCCCCCUCCUGGUGUUGUGUCUCCUGGAGCCCGACAUGGCCCUCAAACGCAUCGCGGCGUCCACGCUCAGCGACAUCUGCAAACACACGCCAGAGCUGGCCCAGACCGUGGUGGACACCGGCGCCAUCGCACACUUGUCCCAGAUGAUCCUCAGCCGGGACGUCAAGCUCAAGAGGCAGGUGUUCUCCGCCCUCAGCCAGAUCAGCAAGCACUCGGUGGGCCUGGCCGAGCUGGUGGUCGAGGCCGAGGUCUUCCCCGCCGCCUUCGUCUCCCUCAAAGACCCCGACGAGUACGUCAGGAAGAACGUGGCGACCCUGAUGAGGGAGGUGGCCAAGCAGACGCCCGAGCUGUCCCAGCUGAUCGUGAACUGCGGCGGGCUGUCGAAGGUGAUCGACUACCUGGGAGAGAGCCGCGGGCAGCUGCGGCUGCCGGGGAUCAUGAUGCUGGGCUACGUGGCGGUGCACGGCGAAGGCCUCGCCAUGGCCGUCAUUCUCUGCAAGGGGGUGCCCCAGCUGGCCCUGUGCCUCUCGGAGGAGCCUGAGCAGCACAUGAAGGCGGCGGCGGUGUGGUCCAUAGGUCAGAUAGGUCACCACACCCCUGAGCACGCCAAGGCGGUGGCCACGGCGGGCCUGCUGCCCAAACUGCUGCAGCUCUACACGGACGCCAGCAGCUCCGAGGACCUGCAGGCCAAGAGUAAGAAGGCCCUGAAGAGCAUCCUACAGAAGUGCACCUACGUCCCAGCUCUGGAGCCGCUCCUCUACGACGCUCCCAGCAACAUCCUCAAGCACGUCGUCUGCCAGUUCAGCAAGGUGCUGCCUCACGACAGCAAGGCCCGCCGUUUGUUCGUGACCAGCGGAGGGCUGAAGAAAGUCCAGGAGAUCGACGCCGAGCCGGGCUCGGCGCUGCAGGAGUACAUCAACGCCAUCAACAGCUGCUUCCCCGAGGAGAUAGUCAGGUACUACUCACCCGGCUACUCAGAGGUCCUGCUGCAGCGGUUAGAGAGCUACCAGCCGGCGUGACAGACCUUCACAGCCCUCCUCCCGCCACAUAAGAAACAUAGUUGUGCCUUACAAAUCUGAAACGAUCUCAUUAAAAACAGAUUUGAUGGAGUUUGUGUUUUGUACCUUUGGGUGAUGGGGGAGCAUCAAACGCAAUGAUACCAAAUAACAU